UGACAUCCAAUUUCGAACUUAUUUUUUUAUCUUUUUGUUGAACAGUUUUUUGUAAAUUUUUAAUGAUAUUUUUUUUUCAGAAUCAUGUCAAUAUCCCUGAGCCGGGGUUCUUUACUCCGUGUGUUCUCAAAUAUUCGUGUUUAUCAACCUGUCUGGCAGGUUCUCCAUGUUUAUCAACCAGAUCGACCCAUACAGCUAGUUAUUAGUGAUGGAGAGUACACAACUAACAGUGUAACUCUGAAACCAAGCUGUCAGCUGACCUACGACAAGACUGAGUGGAAGAAGCAGAACUCCAAGAGGUCCCAGGAGGACGUCCUUCUCUUCUAUAAACAUCCAGUUCUCAAAAUUAUAGAUUUUGAAAUAGCAACCAGCCAGAGCACCAGUAUAAUACUCCUUUCUAAAAUCAAGUUGAUGGGUUGGGAGAGAACUAAAGAUACUCCUGAGAUAUUGAGAAUGGAAAAUAUAUCUCUGGUUACUCCCAGAGGAAAAUCUUAUAUUAUACAAUCUAAACCUAGGUAUGAUAUAGAAGACUGGGAGAGGCCGAGGUUCCAGUUUACGGAGAGGGAGGACGGACUGGAUUCUCUCUGCUUAUACAAUGAUCCGUUCUCCAGGAUUGAUAUGAAUGGCGAGGGUGUGAUGGAACGGAGAAAAAGGAAUAAUAAAACCUACACAGAACAGGAUCUACUCACAGGAGAUCUGGCAGUAUUUGGUCCUAACUUUCUGGAUGUUUUGACAGUGUGUGGGAAGUGUAAACUUUUGAAUUAUCAAACUCUGAGUAGGACUGCAUCAUUUACUCCGCCCACUAGAAACUUUGUUGAAGAGUUGAAUUCUCUUGAUAUCUUGAAGAACAAGGAUAAACUGUAUUUCUGCACAUGUGAUGACGAGAAUGAAAAGUUUAGGGAGGAGUUUCAGAGUAAAUGUAUAGUUGUAAACCAGGAGAGUUCUCCUAGUGGUAAAUCUAACAAGGUCCAGUGUAUACUUAUCGGGAAGAACAAGGAGUCUCCGACCAAUCAAAUUGAAGCAAAGAUGAAAAGUUUGACGAAUGAGAAACCUGGAAAAUGUUUAUCGUAUGACGAGAAACCAGGAUUUAAAAAGUGCGGCGUACUGCCUCAGCAUAAAACACGUGCAGUACAGUACAGUGCAAGCGCUACUGUAUGUGAACGGUGUGGAGUAGAGGACACUAAUAUGGGCUCAUGCAGACUUUGUCAGAAGGUAUUUUACUGUUCCCCUCCCUGUAAGAGAGCAGAUGUAAAGGAUCAUUCUUCUGUCUGUAGAGCUUAUAUUACGGUCAGAAGGUACACAGAGGAAAAGGAGAUCUGGGCUGCUAAGCUAAGAGAACCUGAAGAUGGUUGUGCUACCUGUGGUUUCUGGAGGGAUUCACUUCAAGACUGUGAACAAUGCAAUGAAGUUUCAUUUUGUUGCUCCUCCUGUGAAGAGAAGGGGAGGGAGAAGCAUAAACCUGUUUGCGAUGCUUUCUGCCUGAUUCAGGCAUAUACGGAGAAACUGACUUCAUCGCGGAGAAGUGAGAUGGAUUAGUAGAAGAAAUAUUGACUAGAAAUGCAAGACCCCGCGUCCCUUUACAAUUGUUUGAAUUGAUUUUAGUAGAAACAACUUGAAUGUUUUUAUUGUACUCUGUUUGUACUUAUUGUUGUUUAUUUUGUGCUCGCGUACACUGUAAAUUGUACGAUGAUAUGUCACCUAUUGAGUAAUUAGUACUUUUUAAGUUGUUUACUUUGUUUGGACAAUUUAAUAAUGGUUAUGUUAUGUUUUAACGAACAGAUAUUUUUAUAAGAAAAUUUAUUGAUCCCAUUCCGAUAUAUACAUAUAGGUAUAUAUAUAUUUAUAUAUGAUUAAGUAUAUCAAAAAUAUUUAUCAAAAUAUUACAAGUGUUUAAUAUAUAUAUAUUAGUUUAAUUAAUUCCAGGCUAUCUUAAUCUUAACAUUUCAGCGGAUAACGAAUUUUGAUAUAUUUGAAGAUCUGAUCUUUGUUGUUAAUUAUGUCACCUUUCCAACGUACUUCUUCUGUUGUAUUUCUUCUUACAAUUUCUUGAGUCGUUUUAACUUGAUUUUCUGUAACCAUUUUUGAUUAGAAAAUUUAUUUCUUUAAACCCUUUAUUAGUUUUAGUUUUUGUUUUAGCACGGAUGUUUUCAGUUUUAAGUUUAAGAAUUGAUAAUAAUCCUAAAACUUGUGGUUUCAGA